GCAAGCCACCUGGAAAGAAGACCUGAGAAGGUGUUAAAGCAGCUGCCAUGGCGUUUGGAAUGCUAAUCUAUAUUUUGCUGAAAGUAAGCAUCUAUUUGCAUUACACAGCAAUGGGGGCACUGAGUGAAGAGUCUGCUAUUACUGCUUCAUCCCUCAGCACGGACUUACGGAUUAAUUGGACAAAAAACAAUGCUGAAGUAGAUUAUUCAGAGCAGCCAAAGCUCUUGAAGCUGAUGCAGACCUGCCUUGAGGAGCACCACAGCUAUUGCAUCAAUGGGCUCUGCGCCUUCCACAGUGAGCUGAGGAAGCCCAUAUGCAAGUGCCUUGCAGGUUACAAUGGAGAGAGGUGUGAACAUUUAACACUAAAUUCAUAUGCACAUAAUUCUUAUGAGCGCUACAUUGCUGUGGGGAUUGGGAUUGGAAUACUGACCAGUGGAAUACUCGCCAUCAUCUACUGCUAUGUAAGAAAGAGAUGCAGGAAACUGCAAUCCCCCUACAAGGUGUGUGUGGGUGAGACGGCGCUGUGAAGCCCUGUGCUGGAACUCUCACCGGUUUGCCUGCUGAGGAGGAAGGCCCCCGCGCCAUGGGCCAGGUGCCCCGGCCUUGCUGAGGAGAUGAGCCCGAGGGAACGGCGGAGGAGCGUGCCAAGGGAGCUCCUGCAGCACUAACAGGCUCUGGGUGUGGUUGAAGAAAGACUUCCUCUCUUGGGUGAGGGUGGAUGGUCCCCAGGCCCAAGCAGCUGAGGACACUGCAGGCAUCUCAGCACUGUCCUGUGCCUAGUGUUUGCUCUGGGGGAAGGACUGGUUGGUUUUAGCUGUUUUCAGUCAUUUCAAGCACUCGUACAGUGUUCUGCUUUGGUCUUUUGUGUGUUGUUUGGUUUUGUUUUCUUUUUUUUUCUCCUCUGGAGGAUAAGCACCACCUCCCUCAUAGUGGAGCUGUAUUCUGGACAUCAUGUGCUGACCACUAACCAUUUGGGUUCUGAUUUUGUUGUCUGCUGGCUGUGUGUGGAUAAACAGUCCUCUCCCAACCCAAUGGUUACCCUUGGUGGGCUGGGCCACGUAUGGGCUUCUGGUGCCAUAAAGGACAACAAAUGUUUUGGACUGAGGAAAGUGUCUGGUUCUCAAAACCAUCCUUAAAUUAAAAUAUAGAGACUAGGCAAUUCUCCUGGAAAAUCAGACCAUGACACCUCUGGGCAUGGCAUGUUCUUAUUGUUUUCAUAAGCAAAGCAACAGGACGCCUUUCUCAAAAUGGAUUGUGGAGUGUGAUUGUGACAAAGAACUGUCUGCUUCCCAAACAUCCUACAGCAGGUCCUCAGUUCCAUGGAAUUUCAGGCAGAACAUUGCCUUGCUGCACCCUGAUUCCUGCACAAGACUUGAAUUGCUAGAGAAGCUGGAAUUUUGAUAUGAAACUUCACUACAGUUUUUCCCAGGAAACAGACUUUCUCUAUUCCUUUUGCACAUUAUAGGGACAAUGUAACCACUCAAAUAAGAAAUUAUUUUAGGGAUUCAGUUCCACCCUGGACUAACAGAUUGCAUAUUGGAUGCUUGGUUCCAUUCAUCUUAUCUACAAAGAAUUGGUAAGGUACAAAGAUUUGGUUCAAGGAAAAGGGAAGAAAAUUGGUUCUGAAGAUGAUGGCACU